ACCCCCACCCCUGACCCCGCAGCAUCUGGCGGAGCUUAGGCAGGGAAGGUGGCUCGUGCCUAGGCUCCCGGCAACCUGCAGCGUGACGACUGCAGUAGGGUAAGGAAGCCGCGCGCCUAGCGGAGGACGUCUCCGGGGCGGGGCCUGGUCCCCAGCUGUGCGGCCUCAGAGCGCCGGGGGCGGGGACAGUGGCGUCCAGAUGCGGUCGGGGUGGCGCAGAUCUCACUCCGCGCCUGAGAAGCACAGCCGGCAAGAAGCGCAGGGAGCAGGGCCGCCGGGACACGCGCACCCGGUUUCCUCCGGGCGUCCCGUCGCUGGAUCAGCGCCCCACCGGAUCACGGCAAAAUGAAGGACCGGCUUGCAGAGCUUUUGGAGUUAUCCAGGAGCUAUGACCAGCAAUUCCCAGACGGGGACGAUGACUUUGACACUCCCCAAGAGGAUAUCGUGUUCGAGACCGACCACAUCCUAGAGUCAUUGUACCGGGUCAUCCAGGACAUCCAGGAUGAAAAUCAGUUGCUGAUGAUUGACGUGAAGCGCCUGGGAAGGCAGAACGUCCGCUUCCUCACGUCCAUGCGGCGCCUCAGCAGCAUCAAGCGCGACACCAACUCCAUCGCCAAAGCCAUCAAGACCCGUGGGGAGGGCAUCCACCAGAAGCUGCGCUCCAUGAAGGAGCUGAGCGAUCAGGCAGAGGUCCAGCACGGCUCGCACUCCGCGGUGGCACGCAUCUCCCAUGCACAAUACAGCGCGUUGACGCGCGCCUUCCAGCAGGCCAUGUAUGAGUACAACCAAGCCGAGAUGAAGCAGCGCGACAACUGCAAGAUCCGCAUCCAACGGCAGCUGGAGAUCAUGGGCAAGGACGUGUCGGGUGAGCAGAUCGAGGACAUGUUCGAGCAGGGUAAGUGGGACGUAUUCUCCGAGAACCUGCUGGCCGACGUGAAGGGCGCACGGGCUGCACUCAACGAGAUCGAGAGCCGACACCGAGAGCUGCUGCGGCUGGAGGGUCGCAUCCGGGAUGUGCACGAGCUCUUCUUGCAGAUGGCUGUCCUGGUGGAGAAGCAGGCGGACACGCUGAACGUCAUCGAGCUCAAUGUGCAGAAGACCCUCGACUACACGGGUGAGGCCAAGGCACAGGUGCGCAAGGCAGUGCAGUACAAGAAGAAGAACCCUUGCAGGACCAUCUGCUGCUUCUGCUGCCCCUGCGUCAACUAGCAGCUGGCUUGGGCCUUCACCACCUGAGCCAUGAAGACAAAGUGCUCAAGAUGCCAAUCAAAGGCAUCCUGCACUGGGCUGAGAGAGAGUGUCCGGAUGCCUGCAGAAUUCAGAAGAUAAAGAAAGAAAGAUGGGGUUGGUGUGCAAGAUUCAGAACCCGGCACUUGCCUAGGAGGAUGGAUGUUAGCAUCCUAUAGUUGGUUAAUGCAGGCAGAUCACCGCUGGAGUUGUGUGACGUCAUUAUAAGAUACCGGGCAUUCAGCAUCACAGGGAGGAACUAAAAGUCGUUGCUAAGGUCAAUGUCUUGAAGACUAAAGGAGGAAAUGAAACGAACAAAUGCUAAUAGUAUAAGCACAUUAUCAAAAAUUGUCUUCCUUUACCUUCUCUGGGAGUUCCUUGGUGCUAUUCAAUUUUGAGUGACAUUCACUUGGAUAUUUCUUAGUUCUUUCAACUUCGAGUAGCAUUGACCUUGGGUAAACUGGAUUUCAUUCACUUCUGAUUAUCUAUUUAUGUUGUGUGAGCUCUGCCUAUGUGGAAACUUUACCUCGGCUCUCUCCCCCCACUUAUUAAACUACACUGAAGACACAGGUUUCCUUAUCUCUCACCUUUUAUAACUUCCACCAGUUUUAUAUAUAUACGAGUAAUUUUUUCCAAAUAUUUUAAGCACUGAACAAGCACUCCAGUUGAACUUUUUUUAAAUCACUUACUUUUAUAUAUUUUUCACAGAAAACAUUUAUUUAAAAUUUAUCUUUGUACUUCAUUUCAUAUGAAUAUAUAUAUAAAUGUAAACUAACAUUCCCUCACUUGUGUACGUAAUGACCAACUGGGUUAGCUCUGCUUUUGUAAAUUCCAUAUUUAAAUAAUAAGAGCUGUUUUGUGAGUGUCA